GGAGUGACAUCCUACACCAGACUCUGUUAACCAUAGACUUCGCUGAUUGCGAUUCGAAAGGUGUCGAGACCUAAUCAGAUUCUUCCGGCAAGACUUUCCCUCCGGUUGGAAUGGGUUGCUGCACGGGUCGCUGUACUUUAAUAUUCCUCUGUACUUUACAGUUGUUGGCAGCAUUGGAGAGACAGAUCUUUGAUUUUCUGGGUUACCAGUGGGCUCCUAUACUGGCCAACUUCCUUCAUAUAAUUGUUGUCAUUCUGGGAUUGUUUGGGACAAUUCAAUACAGGCCUCGCUACAUUGUGGUGUACACUAUUUGGACAGCCUUGUGGGUUGCCUGGAACGUAUUCAUCUUCUGCUUCUAUUUGGAGGUUGGAGGACUCUCAAAGGAUAGUGAUCUGAUGACCUUUAAUAUCUCGAUGCACCGCUCGUGGUGGAGGGAACAUGGGCCUGGGUGUGUGCGGAAGGAGUUGACUGCUUCAGCCAGCAAAAGCUUGGAUGAUCGCACCUAUAUCUCAGUGACAGGCUGCAUUGUUGAUUUUCAGUACCUGGAGGUUAUUCACAGCUCCUUCCAAAUACUACUGUCACUCAUUGGUUUUGUCUAUGCCUGCUAUGUGAUCAGCGUUUUCACUGAAGAAGAGGACAGCUGUAAGUACUGAAAAAACGCCCGUCUCUGGAUCACUCCAGGGUCGAAGUAAAUGACCGAUAACAGAUGACCGUCGAUGCAGAGGCCUCUGGCAAUGAUAUAUUUCAAACUACAGAUCAGAGGAAAAGAAAAGGUUAUAUGUAAUAUCAGAUGUGGGCAGGUACUCCCGCAUCAUUAAUUUCUGACCAAAACUCAAUUCAAGGACUAAUUUUAGACAAAUCCAAGUAGAGAAUGAAAUACUUGGUUCUAGUUAUGACUGUUUUUUUGUCCUUUGCUGUACAAUAAUGGUAUCUUGUAUGGAGCGUCUAGUUAAAGUAUGUACACUGUAGCAGACAGUGAAUUUGGUAAAGUGAUUUCUUUCAGGUAAAACCGCACUGUGCAAAAAGAAAGCAUUGCUGGAUUUGUGCUGAGAAUGAAUCAGUCCUUUGACAGUAGCAACAGUUUCUCUGUAGAAUAUUUAAAUGAUUCUGUUUUCAACUUGUAUAAAACACUUUUUUAUGAAUUUAUGAAUUAUUAAUUCUUAACAUAUUUGUAAGAUAAUGUUAGCACCCCAGUAUUUUGUAGUCUUGUGAAUGUUGCAUUUUAUGUGAAAGAUAUCUUUUAGGCUAUUUAUGCAUUAUAGAGUAGGCGAUUAAAGGAAUCCUUUCAUUCUCAUUAUUGCUGCAUUUCUCUCUGAUGUAGUUGAGGAUCUUGUAAGUCUUCUGCUGAGUGCAGCAUGUGACAUGGUUGUAUUAUCCUAACUGCCAGAUCCAAUUUACAACACUGAUAUUCUUAAAGGCACUUGACAGUUUUAAAAAUCCUGGUCUCAGAGCCUACUAAAAGUCACUUUCAAAGCCUUUAACUGGAACACAUAAUAAUUAAAUUAAAACACCACAGACUUCUAAAUGUGGGAGACUAG